AGCGCGGCCGGUGUUCUCGACCAGUGCAGUUCUGGACUUCACAGAACGUCGUACCGAACAGCUAAAAUCGCGCAGAAUCAGUCCACCAUUACUUGACUAACCGCUAGGCACCUGCUGCUCAGUCACCUAAUUCAGCAUGAGGCUGCACGCUGCAGUACUAGCAGCGACGUUCUGCUUGACCUUCGCGGCUGCCGAAAACUCCUACGCUACAGGCGGCGUCGUACCGGACGUCAUUGAUGUGGCGCCUCCAGCAAAAAUCGAGAUCGUCUACCCGGGCGAAUUGAGUGUGCAGUACGGGAAUGAGCUGAAUACUACCCAAGUUCAGAAAACGCCCACUUUCUCCUGGCCAGUGGAGAAUGGCGCCCUCUAUACCUUGGCGAUGAUAGACCCCGACGCGCCCAGUAGGGCGAAGCCUAGAUUGCGAGAGUUCCUCCACUUCCUGGUUGGCAACGUCCCGGGCACUGAUAUUUCCAAAGGUGACAUGCUGGCCAUGUACAUCGGACCUGCACCUCCAAAAGACUCAGGGCCACACCGAUACGUUUUUCUUGCAUACAAGCAGCCCAGUCACAUCCGUUUUGAUUUCGAGCAACUUAAGGACGACUCCUAUGCAGGGCGUCCCAAAUUCAGCAUUCGCAAGUUUGCUGCCGAGUACAAACUAGGCAGCCCUGUCGCAGGCAACUAUUACCAGGCGCAGUACGACGACUCCGCAUCCAAGGCUUCUAAACGCGGCGCACGAGCCAACGGCCCACCAGCAGCAGCCAUGGAGGAACUUGCACCGGGAAUCGUCGACGUCGCUCCCACGAAGACGAUUAAGGUGGACUACGCCACCGGCGUGUCAGUGGACAAUGGCAACGAGCUGACCCCGACGCAGGUGCAGGACCAGCCAAGCAUCAGCUGGGAGGCUGAGGAUGGCGCCCUGUACUUCCUCGCCAUGAUCGAUCCUGACGCACCCUCCAGGCAGGACCCAUCCGUCGGGGAAGUAAUUCACUGGCAGGUUGCGAACGUGCCUGGCAACGACAUCAGUAAGGGAGAUGUAAAGUUCGAGUACAGGGGAUCAGGCGCACCUAAGGGCACUGGACUGCACCGCUACAUUUUCCUCGUUUUCAAGCAACCAGGACAACUUAACUUAGGCCAAGAGCGAGUUGUAAAGAGAUCACGCAAGGGACGUCUCAACUGGUCUCUCCGCAAGUUCGCCAAAGAGAACAACCUUGGCAAUCCAAUCGCCGGCAACUUCUUCGUUGCUCAGUGGGACGAGUACGUGCCCAUUUUCGCAGCAAUGUCAACUAAUGACUAAACAUCUUUUUUAUUAAAACAACAUAACUGGUCAAAUCACAAAAAAA